GGGGGCGUGGCUACAGCACCCUGCAGCGCUGGCCGGGUGUGGUUCGGCUUGUUUUCAGCAGCGGCUGCAGUUUCAGCUAAGAGCUUCCAGAGGAGAGGUCAUUGAAAGCAGCAGCCCCCAGUAGAUUAAGCAGUGAUGUCCUCCAGACCCAAAGGGAGCCCCCCUCCAUAUGAUGAGGAUCAUGAGUUCAAUGGAGUUCCUCAGCCAGCCUAUUCUUACUACCCUGAUGAUGAGUUCCAUCACUUCUAUCGCUGGUCGUCGCCUCCGGGAAUCCUUAAAAUCAUGGCCAUCAUUGUCGUUGUUCUCUGUGUGGCCAUCUUCGCCUGCGUUGCCUCCACGCUGGCGUACGACAGUCAGGGGGCCAUGUCUGGCUUCGGAGGGAUGUAUGGAGGAGGAGGAGGAAUGUAUGGAGGAGGGGGGUACGGCUCCAGCUUCGGAGGUGGUGCCUAUGGAGCUGGAAGCAAUUAUGGAUACGGUUCGAUUGGGGGGAACUACAAUGACCCGCGGUCAGGAAAAGGCUUCAUGAUAGCAAUGGCAGCCUUCAUCUUCGCCAUAAUCGUCUUCAUCAUCGUCGUGUCUCAUCAGAGCCUGUCACAGAGCAGGAAGUUCUACUUGGCAGUGUUGAUCAUCUGUCCCAUCUUGGCUCUGCUCAUGCUUAUUGCCACCAUCGUGUACCUGGUGGCGGUGAACCCCACAGCCCAGUCCUCAGGGUCGGUUUAUGGCAACCAGAUCGCUGCUUUGUGUGCUCCGUACCAACAACAACAAAUGCAAGGAGUACUCAUGAACCAGUACCUUUACCACUACUGCGUGGUGGAGCCGCAAGAGGCCAUCGCUGUGGUGUUUGGCUUCCUGGUGACCGCAGCUUUGAUUAUCAUGCUCGUCUUUGCCCUGAAGACUCGGCAGAGGAUCCAAAAGUACGGCAAAGGCAACAUCCUGUGGAAGAGAGUAAAGAUUGUGGACGAGCUUUCACCUCCGGAGGAUGUCGAGGCGUGGGUGAACAAUGUGUCCGUUCCCCCUGAAGAAGCUCCCAUGGCAGACUAUCCUGAGAGGCUGAGAGGCUCCAGGAGUUACCUGGAUGACGAGAGCAACUAUGACAAGCCUCCUUUGAACUACACCCCACAACCUGUGGUUGAGAAUCGACCUUUGCAGAACGGCGCUCCUUCUGGCAGCAGCUCGGAGCUCGCUAGCUCCUCAGGACGGCCCAAAAAGAGGCGCCCAGGACGGCCGCGCCGCGCCGACGGACAGGACUACGAAACCGACUACAACUCCUCUGGGGACGAGCUGGACGACAACGACUUUGACAGUGAGUAUCCCCCAAUAACAAGUGAGCAGCAGCGCAACAACUACAAGCGUGAAUUUGACCGCGACCACCUGGAGUACAAAGACCUGCAGGCGGAGCUGGACACCAUCAACAAGGACCUGUCCAAUCUGGACAGAGAGCUGGACGAGCUGCAGGAGGGAAGCCCACAGUACCUGGAUGUCCUGGAUGAGUACAACAAGAUAAGGGCCCUUAAAAAGACUGCAGAUUAUCAAGUGAGGAAGCAGCGGUGUAAAUAUCUGAAGCACAAACUGAACCACAUCAAGAAGAUGGUCAGUGAUUACGACCGCAGUGGCUGAACAUCUGGACCGAUAAUCCUGUCCAUCAGCGAACAGAAAGAACUCCUGAAAUCCGGAUGGACACUUGUGGCAGGGCAGCCUG